UGGGAGUCUCGUGUGGAUCCAUCCGGUAGAACUUACUACAUCGAUCACAUGACCAAAACAACUUCCUGGGAAAAACCGACACCACUUCCAGCUGGCUGGGAACGUCGACUCGAUCAGCGUGGUCGCGUGUACUACGUGGACCACAACACAAAAACGACAACCUGGCAGUCCCCGACCUCUUCACUCAUCAACAACCUCCAGGAGUACAACAGACUGCGCCAGAACAGAACAUUUGCUGAGGUGGGCCAACAGAGGUCCCUCUACCUCAGUCAGGGCUUGGGGGCUGCCUGUGUCGAUGCCAACGAAGAAUUGGGUCCCCUACCCGAAGGAUUUGAGAAGCGUAUAGACUCGAACAACAGGGUGUACUUUGUAAACCACAGGAACCGAACAACACAAUGGCAAGAUCCCAGGAUGCAGGGACCUGGGUUCGGAGCCCUAGAUGAACCACUGCCCCAAGGUUGGGAGAUGAGACACACAACAGAGGGAGUCAUGUACUUUGUUGACCACAACACCCGAAGCACCACCUUCCAGGAUCCUCGUGGUGGUGUACCAAAAGGACCAAAGGGCAACUACGGAGUGCCUAUUCAGUAUGAGAGAAGUUUCAGGUGGAAGUUAGGGCAGUUUCGGUACCUUUGUCAGACCAACAGCACGAGCGGAUACGUUAAGAUCAACGUUAAUAGAGACACGUUGUUUGAGGACUCGUUUGUGCAGAUAAUGAAACAACCCCCGUAUGAACUGCGAAAGAGGCUGUUCAUAACGUACAAGGGAGAGGAGGGACUCGACUACGGGGGUGUGGCCAGAGACUGGUUUUUCAACGUGUCCCACGAAGUCCUCAACCCAAUGUACUGUCUCUUCCAGUAUGCUAACGACAAGAACUACUGCCUACAGAUCAAUCCGGCAUCAUUCAUCAACCCAGAUCAUCUUCAGUAUUUCAAGUUCAUGGGGAUAUUCAUUGCUAUGGCUCUCUUUCACGGUCGCUUUAUAGACAGUGGCUUCACGAUGCCAUUCUACAAGAAACUUCUGAACAAGAAACUCUUCCUGGCUGACAUUGAAACAAUCGACCCUGAACUUCAUUCCUCCAUGGUCUGGGUCAAGGAAAACAACAUAGAUGAAUGCAACUUGGAUCUAUGUUUUGCGUCUGAUUUUGAGUUGCUGGGUAAAAUUGUGCAACAUGAAUUGAAGCCUGGAGGGCUUGAUAUCGUCGUCGACGAGCAGAAUAAAGAGGAGUACCUCAAUUUGAUGACUCAGUGGGUGUUCAACAGAGGAGUCGAAGAGCAAAUGAAGGCAUUCCUGGUUGGCUUCAACGAGGUGGUUCCUCUCCAGUGGCUUCAAUAUUUUGACGAGAGAGAAAUUGAGUUGAUGUUGUGUGGCAUGCAAGAGAUUGACGUUGAUGACUGGGAAAACAACACAAUAUACAGACACUACCACAAAAGUUCUAAACAAAUUGUUUGGCUAUGGAAGUUUAUAAGAGAAUUGGACAAUGAGAAAAGAACGAGGUUUUUACAGUUUGUGACGGGUACCUGCCGGCUCCCAGUUGGAGGCUUCAGGGAAUUAAUUGGCAACAACGGUCCGCAAUUGUUCUGCGUGGAGAAGGUCGGCAAGGAGAGUUGGUUGCCGAGGUCCCACACCUGCUUCAAUAGACUUGACCUUCCGCCGUACAAAAGCUACGAGCAGCUCGUUGAGAAGUUGAACUUUGCCAUUGAGAACACCGAAGGAUUUGGUCUGGAGUAAUUGCUAACCAUUACGAACGACAAUGAUGUUAUUGGUGAUGGUGAUUAUAACGAUGAUAAGAUGAAGAUGAUUGUAAUGUGAUGUUUCUGGCAAAAGGCCAUUAUUGCUGAUGAUUGUUAGCUACAAUUUGUGAUAAAGUUAUUUUGUUGUUGUUGUUGAGGUGUAAUACUGAUGUCUUUCCAAUGAACAAAUUAUAUAUCUCUACUUUUUUAGUUAUUUUUUUUUUAGAUUUUUCAAAUUUGUUGCUUAUUCUGAUUACUCUCAUUAAUAUUAUUAUUAUUAUUAUUAUUAUUAUUAUUAUUAUUAUUAUUAUUAUUAUUAUUGCAAACACUGCUCAAUAAUUAUAAAUACUUUUUAAAUAUCUCCAGUUGGCUUCUGUAAUAACUUUAAUCUUCCAUUGUUUAAAAGUACGUGGCCGAUUUCUUUUAAUGAUGAGUUGAUUGAGACUGUUAUAAGGUUAUCAGACGGCAUUUAUUGCGACAGAAACAAUUUAUGAUUUAAAUUUGAAUAUAUUUCACCGCUCUGUACUUUUAUUUUGAAGUGAGCAUGGUGGUUUUAUAUUGACAUUUCAUUAUUUUACCAUUUCAUAGUUUUAAUUAUUUAUUACCCUGGCUUUGAAUAAAAGAGUUCUGCAUCAUCAUUAUUACUAUUUUAACAUAUCUUAUUGUUAAUUGUUUAUCCCAAAUCAUCCGACAACAAAUGAUGAUGAAAAAAAGGAUGACUAUGGUGAUGAAAAAUGAAGGCAGUUUUAAAGGAUAUUUUAUGCUUUGUUGAUAAUGACAAAACAGAUUAUAUUUAAAAAAUAAUAACGUGAUGGCGUCACUUGAAUGAUUUAUUUCAAUCAAUCAAAUCAAUACAUAAUCAUAAUAAUAAAUAUUCCACAUUCAUUUUAUUGCGAACGAUGAUUAUACCAUAGUAUGAAUUAAUCUAAACUAUUUUCCGGUUAUCUUAAUGGUUCUUUAUAGGUUAUUAUUAACACGUGAAUUAACUUAUAAAAAUUGUUACUAUUUAUUGGCAAUAUUAUUGUAAUCGUUACAACCGCUGUUACUAUCUUUACAGUGUUAAUUGACUUCACGAUUCCUAUUGUAAUAACACGAAGCUAUCAUUUCUACCUUUUGCUGUUAAUUCACAAUUAUAAUUGCUAUUUUUGUAACAAUAACUUUCUUAAUUUUAGGAUUUAUUUACUUUGAUUUUAACGACGGGCAAAAUAUUUUUUUUCUUUUUUAAUGGAAUUUUUCUAUUUUGUACUGGAAUUUUUUUUUGCUGAACAAGUGGCAAGCCAAACU